CGCAGUGGGAAAGAAAAGAAAGAUCUCUGGAAGACUGUAGCGUGGCUGCCGUGUCCAACUGUCCACGUUUCACUCCUCGCACUUGUCCGCCUCGUCGCCUCGCUUUUUUUUGUGGAACGUAGAAUGGCAGCUUCCUCGCCGCCCCUCCCGCCGCCGCCGCCGGCAGCGUCCUCCACCACGCUGGCCGGAAACCUCACGGCCUCCUCGCUCCUGUCCAUCCCGCGCCCGCGCCCGCGCCUCGCCGCGGCGCACCGCCGGGCGGUCGUGGCCGCGUCCGUGUCGCCACGGCCCCGGCCCCCGCAGCCGUCGCCGGAGGGGGACGGCGACGAGAAGGAGGUGGAGAGGGCGAUGGGGAUGGACGGCGGCAUACCCGGGACCUCGGACGAGUUCCUGCGCCGCGUCUCCUCCCGCGCUUACGGCAUGCGGCGCCACCUCAUGGAGUCCCUCGACUCCCUCGCCUACGACGUAUUGGAGACAAACCCAUGGAGAGAAGAUUCCAAACCAGUCUAUGUGCUGGCCAGAAGCGAUAACCACCUAUGGACAAUGAAAACUCGCAGGAGCCGCAACGAAGUUGAAAGGGAACUUGGAAAGCUUUUCUCAAAGGGAGGGGGUUCUGGAGUUGGAACUAAAUCAAAGUACUCUGGCUCCAAGUUUAACAUGGUUGUUGAAGAUAUCAGAGAGGGAGUACUGAUAUUUGAGGAUGAGGACGAUGCUGUAAAAUACUGCGACCUUCUGCAGGGCGGCGGUCAAGGAUGCGAGGGAAUUGCAGAGAUAGAAGCAUCAUCAGUUUUCAACAUGUGCCGUAACAUGAAAGCCCUUGCUGUUCUUUUCCGCCGCGGAAGGACUCCUCCAUUGCCUCAGAGCCUGGAGCGUGACUUAAGGGCGAGAAAGCGGUCACCACUGGAAGACUAGAGCUGUCUGUUUACACUGUAUAGAAUCGUUAAUUGUAUUCAUCUAGCUGUUGGAAGCAUGGGCCCUAGGCCUUGUAUACAACAUAGUAGUACAUAGUAGUCCCUAGCUGAAAUGGAACCAGACGAGUCUGACAGCAAACACAGACGAAAUUGCUCGAUACCAGAAGUUUCUUUGAAAUUGGAUUGGAUGGAUACUCUUGUAAUUAUGAGCAACAUUGUUACAGUGAAUAAAAUGUGAUACAUCAAGUUAUUUAUUAUCA